AUGGCUCAAAAGAAGAGUCUUCUGAUUGUCGGCGCUGGCGCCUCGGGCCUUCCGUCUCUUAGACAUGCCCUGCUCUACGGAGUCGAUGUGACCUGCUUGGAAGCGACCGAUCAGGUCGGAGGACUUUGGAAGUACAAGCCGCAAGAAACAGAGUGUGAGUUUGAAAAGGUACACUUUUAAAGGGUGGUCUUCCGGUUGUAGUAUCGUCUGUGAUGAAGACUACCGUGAUCAACACCUCGAAGGAAAUGACUGCGUAUUCGGAUUUCCCUCCAGAACCCACAAUGGCCAAUUUCAUGCACAACACCGAAAUGCAUAGAUAUCUCGAAAGCUAUGCAAACCAUUUCGGUCUUCUGAAGCACGUGAAAUUCAAUCACAAGGUGAACUCCAUCGACAGAAACGAGGACUACGAAAAGACCGGAAAGUGGAAGGUCAACUACACCGACGAGUGAGCACUUCCGGGGUACUUUGAGCAACAACCUCUUCUUUUUUUCAGCCAAGGAGCCACUUACGAUGCCACCUUCGACGGUGUUCUCUUGUGUUCCGGUCAUCACACCAUCCCGCAUUGGCCUCAGAAGUUCGAGGGACAAGACGAUUUCAAGGGUCGUAUUAUUCAUUCUCAUAGUUACAAGGUGAGCCGCCGGUCAUUUUAUGGCCAUCAUCACUCACUUAUCAGUUACGCGGGACAUCAAUAGUGUCGCCGACUAUACAUUGAUACGGUUUCCUCUUGUCCAUCGAAUCACAAUACUUCAGGAUCAUCGGGGCUACGAGGACAAAGUGGUUGUUGUCGUGGGAAUCGGAAAUUCAGGAGGCGACGUGGCAGUCGAGCUGUCUCGCAUUGCAAAACAAGUGUAUCUGGUCACUCGCCGUGGAACAUGGAUCUUCAAUCGCAUCUUCGACUACGGAAAACCAAUUGAUAUUGUGAUGAACAGGAAAGUGUUCUCCGACAUCAGAGGAGUCGUCCCCGAGUGGCUGUCGAACACAGUGGUCGAGGCCAAGUUAAACAUGCGAUUCGACCACCAAACGUACGGAUUGAAGCCGAGCCACAGAGUGUUCGGAGCCCACCCGACUGUCAACGACGAACUUCCUAAUAGAAUCGCGUGCGGAACUGUCAGAAUAAAGCCGAACAUCGUCAAGUUCUCCGAAAACGGAAUGAUGUUCGCAGAUGGAACCAAAUUAGACCAUGUGGAUGAGGUUGUGAUGUCGACCGGAUUCUCGUUUGAGUUCAAUCUAGUCGAAAAGGGAAAUCUCAUCAAAGUUGACGAAAACCAAGUGUCUCUGUACCAGUACAUGCUCCCAGUCGAACUCGGAAACCACAACUCUUUGGCCAUCAUCGGACUCGUCCAGCCGUUCGGAUCGAUCAUGCCGCUGUCUGAAAUGCAAUCGAGAGUAUUCUUGGAGCAGUUCACAGGAAAAAACGUCGUCCCGAGCAAGGAACGCAUGGAGGACAACGUGCUUCAAAAGCAAGAGGAAAUGUCCAGAAGAUAUGUGACAAGUCGGAGACACACUAUUCAGGUGGAUUACGUGGACUACAUCGAAGAGCUCGCCAAGCUCAUCGGCUGCACUGUCGAUAUGAAAGCUCUUUGGAAACAGGAUCCAUGGCUCGCCGCCAAGGUUCGUUUCUGUGCUAUUUCAGCUAAUCACGGGCCCUUUUGACAGGUGUACUUCGGCCCGAGAGUUCCGUACAUUUACCGUUUGAACGGUCCUCACAAGUGGGACAAGGCCAGAGAAGCAAUUAUGACCGUCGACGAGAGAAUCCUCAUGGUGGACAUAGUUUAGGAAAUUAAACAACUGGCAUUGGUUUCAGGCGACAAAUGACAAUUCCCUGGUGGAACCCGACUAUUCCCUUCUCUACACGGUCGGAGCCGUCCUCGCCCUACUGAUUGCCCUUUACAUCAUAUUCUGA